UGGGCUUGAGCCUGCGCGGCCACGUGACGGCCGCUAUAAGAGCGGCGGGCUGCGGACUCCCGCCCUCCCUGCUGGCCGCGGUCACCUACAGGCGCCCGGCUCCUCCGACCCACCGGCCACACUAUGACAGAUCAGGCUUUUGUGACGCUCACCACAAACGAUGCCUAUGCCAAAGGGGCGCUGGUCCUGGGCUCAUCUUUGAAACAGCAUAGGACUACUAGGAGGACGGUUGUACUCGCCAGCCCACAGGUUUCAGACUCCAUGAGAAAAGUUUUAGAGACUGUCUUUGAUGAAGUCAUCAUGGUAGAUGUCUUGGACAGUGGUGAUUCUGCUCAUCUAACCUUAAUGAAGAGGCCUGAGUUGGGCAUCACGUUGACUAAACUCCACUGCUGGUCACUCACUCAGUAUUCCAAAUGUGUGUUCAUGGAUGCAGAUACUCUGGUUCUCUCAAAUAUUGAUGAUCUUUUUGAAAGAGAAGAAUUGUCAGCAGCACCAGACCCAGGGUGGCCUGACUGUUUCAAUUCUGGAGUCUUUGUCUACCAACCCUCAAUUGAAACGUAUAACCAGCUGUUGCAUCUUGCUUCUGAGCAAGGUAGUUUUGAUGGUGGGGACCAGGGCCUACUGAAUACAUAUUUUAGUGGCUGGGCAACGACAGAUAUCACGAAACACCUGCCAUUUGUGUAUAACCUGAGCAGCCUCUCAAUAUACUCCUACCUCCCGGCAUUUAAAGCGAGCAUGUCACAGGAGCCUUGUCAGACCUGUCCUUUGGGGAGGCCACACCUGCAUCACAGCCUUCUAUGUCCUCAGAAGAAAGGAAGGAACGGUGGGAACAGGGCCAGGCUGAUUACAUGGGAGCAGAUUCUUUUGAUAACAUCAAGAGAAAACUUGACACUUACCUACAGUAGAAGCACUGCCAUUUUCUGUGGACACAUCCAUGUCUUAGGCACGUUUCGAUACAUAGUAUGUGAAGUCUGUUACAAUUGUUAGAGGCUUUCACUAAACCUCAGCAGAUGAGGGGUUUGGGCAGGACAACAGGUGAGAACUGGGCAAAUGUUAUUAAGUAAUAAUUCUAUUAUGUGGACAAGCGUUGUGUUUAACCCUAGACUUUUUCAAAAACUCUAAAUUCUUAAAUUGCCAAUGUGUGAUAAAUAAAAGCCAACAUUAAGCUACUAAAUUAGGCUCUUUCAAAUGGUGCAGAACUUGACUCUCCAUCUUCAAAAUAAGGUAUGAGAUUCUCCAAUAUUUGCUUGUUGUAUCCUUCACUAGACCUGCAAUGUAGAAUUGUUCAAAGCCUGUCAGAGAAGUAGCCUUCUAGACUAAAGUGGCCUUUAUUAACACUGCGGAGUGAUUCAUAAGCCUACCAGCUAGUGUUAGUUCACCAGUUUUCUAUGCACCAUGAAGGCGGCAUGCAGACCUGCUCUUUCUCAGUUAUCUACUUGAAAAUUGCAGUGUGCUCUCUGACGGUAGCUGUGGAAGCACUGUGUAUAACAAAUAAAGACUUAUUGACAUAC